AUGUGGUCAAUAAUCUUUGUACUAAUAAGCAGUAUUUCAACUCUUACCCACGCACAAUCCCCUUCGGAUGAUGCACGACAUAAACUUGUAGCACUCAUUGGUAAUGUUCGUCAAGCUGAUGGACGUCGAUAUAGCUCACGUGAUCAUCUUGGAAAUACAAUGGAUUGCGUUAAAAUUAUUAAACGAACUGAUAGUGAAGAAUUUAUUGGUGUCUAUCAUACAUAUAUCAAUGGUGUACCAAGAGUUAAUUUAGCUUUAUCAGAUGAUCUUCUACAUUGGACAUGGCUUCGAGAAUUAGCUUAUUUUGGUUCACAACCAACAAUUGCUGUACCUAGUGAUCAACCUCAAGGUUAUAUUGUUGCAUGGGAACAAGAACCUAAUAAUCAUUUACGAUUUGCUUAUUAUCCAACAUGGUCAGAUUUACAAGCUGGUACUUCACAAAAAACCUAUUCUGUUCCACGCACAUUAUCUCGCUGUGCUGAAGGUACUCCUAAUAUAUAUGGUCAACCAACACUAAAUAAUAUUGACGUUGGGUUUCAUUUUUAUGAUAACUGUAUUGUUGAUCGACAAGCUCGAGCUACUUUGAAAAAUUUUAAUCUAUGGACUCAAUUUCGUAAACAACCUAACUUUGAUAAUGCAUUACUUCAUUAUGGUGUACAAGGCAAUAUUGGUGACCGAGAUGCACUUUCGAAUUUUAAUGAUUUUGCAUUUACUGUGAUCGAAGGACAAUAUAAAUCAAAGGAUUUUGGUACUUGGCGCACAUUUGUAUUCGAUCCACAAACAGGCAAUGCUGAUCAAGUAUCAAUUAUCACAGAUGGUGGAAGCCAAGCAUUUGCUAAUCCAACAAUAACACUCACUACAUGGAAGGGUCAAAAUAUUUUAAUCGUGACUCUUUUCAUACCUAGUGAACAAUCAGCACCCGGUGAAGCAGGUGAACUUAUUUACUAUUAUAAACUAUAG